AUGGCACAUUCUCUCCGUGCCCCGACGGCGCCCUACAGUGAGCCUCUUCUACCCCAGCUCGACGUACGCAACCCCUACUACACCGACCUACACCAUAACCUCCGCGCCUGGGUUCGGAAUUAUGUCGAGACAUCCAUUGCGCCCUAUGCCCAGGAGUGGGAAGCUGCUGGACAAGUCCCCGAGUCUGUAAGACGACGCCAUUGCGAGCUCGGCUUUAGUAUUGUUCAUCCUCUCACUACCCAUGAGAAUGCCGCUGGAUUAGCACUUCCUGGUAAUGUGCCUCACGAGAAAUGGGACACAUGGUGUGGGCUUAUUGUGAGUGAUGAGCUCACGCGUGUCGGAUUUGUCGGUGUAGUUUGGGGUCUGGGUGGUGGAAAUGGAAUCGGAUGCCCGCCUAUCGCUAAAUUUGGUACGCCGGAGCAGCAGAAGCGGUGGUUACCGGGGGUUGCAAAGGGUGACAUUAGGUUCUGCCUAGGCAUUACGGAGCCGGAUGCUGGCUCCGAUGUUGCCAAUAUCAAGACUACUGCCAAGCGUGAGGGUGAUCAUUACAUUGUCAAUGGCGCGAAGAAGUGGAUAACAAAUGGUCUCUGGGCGGAUUAUUGUACAGCUGCAGUGCGUACGGGUGGACCGGGAAGGUCAGGCAUUAGCUUGCUUGUCAUUCCUUUGGCGACGGACGGCGUUACUCGCCGGCGGAUGUUCAACUCUGGUGUCAAUGCUAGUGGUUCAACAUUCAUUGAACUGGAUGAUGUCCGCGUUCCAGUCGAGAACCGCAUCGGAGAGGAAAAUAAGGGAUUCCCAUUGAUCAUGUCUAACUUCAACCCGGAGCGUUUGGCCCUAGCAUGUGCCUCCCUGCGGCUGGCGCGCGUCUGCGCUGAAGAUGCGUUCAACUACGCAAUCCAGCGCGAGACCUUCGGCUCUCCUUUAAUUCAAAAGCAGGCAAUUCAAUCCAAAAUCUUCAAGUUUGGCUUAAUGAUUGAGCCAGCCUAUGCAUUCAUGGAACAACUAGUCAACAUUCUCGAGCUCACCAAAGACCAACCCGUUGAUGAUGUCAAAAUCGGCGGUAUGACUGCACUGUUGAAGGUGAUGUCCACCAGAGCCUUAGAGAAGAGUGUCCGAGAGGCCCAGCAGAUUUUCGGAGGUGCGGGAUACAACAAGGCCGGCAAAGGAGCACGCGUCGAGCAGAUCAGCCGUGAUGCUCGUGUCCAUGUUGUUGGUGGUGGAAGUGAAGAGAUAAUGAUGGGUCUUGCACUCCAAGAAGAGACCAAGGCACUUAAGACGCGACGACAGGCACUUGAGAAGCGACGGUCGAAGGUUUGA